UUUCUUUAUGUAAUAUUUUCAAAACUCAGUUUUUACGUCUGCGAAAUGUGUGAGCUGUAAAAUGACGCUUUUACUUUGAAAGGAUUGACCGGGUGCUGCAGAUUGGUCCACAUUUGCCUGUGGAGAGAGUACGUAGAAGCGAACACAGCUGGUUUGACACAGUCGCUCUGUGGUCGCUUCAGCUGGAGUUUGCUAAAAAAAUUUAAAACGGUCUCUCUGAACACCACACAUAAAAAGACGAGGAUAUAUUACUCUUUAAUUCUCUCGUUCUACGGCGUCACCUGCCCCCCCACCCAAUCCCUGAAGAACUCUAACAGCGGAUGUUCUCCUCAGGCUGAUAGGUAUUCUCCCCCCUUUGGACUGAAAAGGAGCUUAAUAACAUUUCAUCGUAUUUAAAGAGGGAGCCGGUGAAUCAAACUUCCUGUCUUUUCCUCAGGUGCAGCAAAGCAUCACUUCUGUUUGUGUUUGUUUCUGUGGAAAAAGACCCGUCCGCUGCUGCUGUCGUGCUCCGCUGGACGUAUGGGUCGCAGGUGCAAAUGUUUGGCCACCUGAAGUUUCGUGUCAGGAAUUGGAGAACAAUGUCAGAGGUCGCUGGUUUUGGAAAAUGACUACUGGAAGCACCGACAGUAAAAUAAUGGUCAGAAGAUGUCUGCUGACGUUCAAACCGUUCAGGAUAUUCGUGGUGGGAAUUGGCUUCUUCAGCCUGUGCUUUCUAAUGACCUCUCUUGGGGGGCAGUUUUCAACCAAGAGACUGGGAGACUCCCCAUUCACCAUCCACACUGAAGUGCUGGGAGCCGCCGAGUCUCGAGGUGUGCUGAGGAAGAUCAGUGACAUGCUGGAGGUGAUUCUAAAGAGGAUGGACAGCCUGUCCAAACUGGACAACACCUCCACCACUGAUGCACGGCGUCUGGAUGAGCUCAGCUCUGCAAUCAACAGGUUUCAACCAGCCGGCCUGGUGGAGAGGAUCCAAGCUAUCGCCCAGAAUGUGUCCAACAUGGCCAUCAGGGUGGAGCAAAUACUACAGAACAGCAUGGUGCAAUCAAGAACAGUCAGAGACGGCACGUCAAGUCAGUGCGAAGUCCCAAGAGAACCACGCUUUCCAGAAUGUCCCGGAAAAGUAGAUUGGAUGCGUGCACGUUGGACCUCCGACCCCUGCUAUGCCUUCUACGGUGUGGACGGUUCAGACUGUUCCUUUCUGAUCUACCUGAGUGAGGUGGAGUGGUUCUGUCCCCCGUUGGUCUGGAGGAACCACAGCAGUCCCCCCACACAACACACACACCAGGCAAAGGCUCCAAAGAGACAGGCUGCUUUCCGCACAGACCUCUCCGUUCUUCUGGAUCAGAUUGGUACCGGGAAGGAAUCUCUCAGUUUCAUGAAGCGCCGAAUCCGCCGACUUUCCCAGCAGUGGGCGUUGGCCGCCUAUCACCUGGAUGCCAAGCUGGAAUCGAGAUGGAGGGACCAGAAGAAGAUCCUGGUCCACGUUGGCUUCCUAACCGAGGAGUCUGGAGAUGUUUUCAGCCCCAAGGUUCUGAAGGGGGGUCCGCUUGGAGAGAUGGUGCAGUGGGCAGACAUUCUAACGGCUCUCCACGUUCUGGGACAUAACCUGAAGAUCUCCAUGUCUGUGAAGGAGCUGCAGGGGUGAGUCAGCGACAUCGUGGCUCGGUGGUUUGUUUGCGUUUAACGAAAGGAAAAUAAAAAUCACUGUACAACUGAGAAUAGAUAAAAAUAUUUGUUUGCAAGGCUGCACAAGUAAUUUGACAAAUGUGUUUGGAGGAUAUGAUUGAUGUCGUGAAAACAACUCGAGCAGAGAAAAGGAGUUGUUCAGAAAAACAUGUUUUAAUGAUGAAUGCUGUCAGUAAAUACUCAGGAUUGUACUGAGGCAGCUACAAAAGUCCCAGUGACAUCUGUCCCCAGGACACCAGAGACCUGUCCCCAUCCCUCAAUUAUCACUGUUUUUACAUCCUGUGUCUUCCAUUAACAGAGAUCAGCGGGCAUCGUGCUGUAAUCACACCCCAUUUCCAGCUCAUUUAAGGCUUAAGCGCAGGAGCGUCGAGGGCCUGUUGACAUAUUUGUUGCUGUAUUGAUCCGAUAUUGACUCACUCAGCAUCUCGUUGUCGGAGUGACUGCGUCGCUGUCGUUUUAUUCCCCGCGUCAGCACGCUUACAUGUUUCUGCUGACGGAUACACUGGCGGAGCCAACACACACACACACACCGACACACACGCACACACAGAGAUGUAAAUCUGUCCUGUUGGGAGCGAUCCCUCCGGCUGCCUCUAUCCAGGCCUUGCAAUAUCUACCUCAGGACUGCCACUGAAUAAAUCACGCAGCGUGUCAAACCCCUGAAGAUGGAUGGGCCGAUGGUUGGAGAGUUAAAUUAUGAAUAGGUGUGAGUGUGAACAGUCAGCUGAAUCACAGCGAGGAUCGGAAACAUCUUUGUUCAGCCUUGAUUGUGCCAAUAGUCUUUGUCUUUCUGCCAUCACUGAUCACUGCCCUGACGCUUCUGUAGGGUGUACAUCAAUAUAAUGACGUCUGCACAGACCCUCUGCUGUGGUCUGCCUUUUAGACAGAGUCUUGUCUGCUGCUACAAAUCAUAGAAGAAGAACAGUUUUUCAUUCCCGGCCGGUGGCAGGUAUUUUAUGGACGUAUAAAACUCCCUGUAGGAACCAGAGGAGACUGGAAAAAAACUUGGAGGAACUUUAUAUUAAAUGAAGUAUUUUGGAGAUCGCUGACCUCCACGGCAGUCAGGUUUAAAAAUAAUUGUGAUCUUAUUUGUCCUAUUUUCUCUUUAUUUAA